UGCAAUCUGUGGUACAAUUUGCUAUUGACGUUUCAUUUUGGGGGCGGGUUUCAUCUUCAAUAUUUUACAAAAUUGCCUUAAAAUGAAAUUAAUUUUUACGUUGAUUUUAUAAAAUAAUCGACACUGUAAUUCAUCGAUGUGUUGUCUAAUCGUCACUGAAUAGGCUCACGUCAAGAUGAUUGGGGGCCUGUUUGUGUACAACCACAAGGGCGAGGUGCUGAUAUCGCGUGUGUACAGAGACGACAUCGGCCGCAACGCCGUGGACGCCUUCCGCGUGAACGUGAUCCACGCGCGCCAGCAAGUGCGCUCGCCGGUCACUAACAUUGCGCGCACCUCUUUCUUCCACAUCAAGCGUGCAAACAUCUGGCUGGCAGCGGUGACCAAGCAGAAUGUAAACGCGGCCAUGGUGUUUGAGUUCCUACUCAAGAUCAUAGAUGUGAUGCAGUCUUACUUCGGCAAGAUCUCCGAGGAGAACAUCAAGAACAACUUUGUGCUCAUCUAUGAACUGCUUGAUGAGAUCCUGGACUUUGGUUACCCACAAAACUCUGACACAGGAGUUUUGAAAACAUUCAUCACUCAACAGGGCAUCAAAUCCGCUUCCAAGGAAGAGCAGGCACAGAUUACCUCUCAGGUGACAGGACAAAUCGGUUGGCGUCGCGAAGGCAUCAAAUACAGACGCAAUGAACUGUUCCUUGAUGUUCUGGAAUAUGUCAACUUAUUGAUGUCACCUCAAGGUCAAGUGCUAUCGGCUCACGUGGCAGGCAAAGUUGUCAUGAAGUCUUACCUCUCGGGCAUGCCGGAAUGCAAGUUCGGCAUCAAUGAUAAGAUUGUCAUGGAAGCCAAAGGAAAAGGAAACGGUGGCAUAUCCGGCAACACGGACAGCGACCCGGCUAGAUCGGGCAAGCCUGUGGUCGUCAUCGAUGAUUGCCAGUUCCACCAGUGCGUGAAGCUCAGCAAGUUUGAGACGGAACACUCCAUCUCCUUCAUACCGCCCGACGGAGAGUUCGAACUGAUGAGAUACCGCACUACAAAAGACAUCUCCCUCCCGUUCCGCGUGAUACCCCUCGUCCGCGAGGUCGGCCGCACCAAGAUGGAGGUGAAAGUGGUCCUCAAGAGCAACUUCAAGCCCUCCCUGCUGGGGCAGAAGAUAGAGGUGAAGAUCCCCACGCCGCUCAACACCAGCGGCGUUCAGCUCAUAUGCCUGAAGGGCAAGGCCAAGUACAAGGCCUCUGAGAACGCCAUCGUGUGGAAAAUAAAGCGUAUGGCCGGUAUGAAGGAAACUCAACUAUCCGCGGAAAUCGAGCUACUGGAGACUGAUACCAAGAAGAAGUGGACUCGCCCACCCAUCUCUAUGGGCUUUGAAGUGCCCUUCGCACCCUCCGGCUUUAAGGUUCGCUAUCUAAAAGUGUUCGAGCCCAAACUGAAUUACUCCGACCACGAUGUGAUCAAAUGGGUGCGAUACAUCGGCCGCUCUGGACUGUACGAGACUAGAUGCUAAGCUCACGGCAACGAACCUCGGAAACUUCAAUCAGAUUCUGGAUGUCGUAGAACGAUAUGAAGCGUGUUACAUAUUAUAUUUGUUUUUUUUUGUAUAUAACUUGUCAUACACCAAUGAUUUGAGAUUCUGUUAGGUUAUUAUUACAAAAUCAAACAUUUGUAUGUAUUUUUACCCGACUGCGGCAAUCCCAAAAGGAAGGGUUAUUAUGAUUUGCUUAUAAGUUUUCUGUAUUUUGUUUUAAAAACUAUGUAAAACUGAUAUCAAAAUUAUUUUAAUAAUUUAUUUAUCAAGUCUUUUUAGUAAAAGAGAUAUAAUCUAUGUAUUAGAAUCUCAAUAAUAAUAAUAACUUUUAUAAAAUUGGUAAGUAUAGCACAAAAAAUGGAUUGGUAUUUAUUUUCAAAAAUCCUCAUCAUGUACUAAAAAAUAUAUAAGUCAUGUUCUUUUUGAAUCAUACACAGGAAGAAAGACGUAUUAUGAAGAGUUUUAUUUCUCGCUGAAAUUAAGUUUUUGAUGUAAAAAUGUAUUAAUACCUAUAACAUUAUGUUAUUUAGCUGAUUGCUAAAUAACUUAUGAAUACAAUAUUAUUUUGAUUUUUUUAUUCUAAUUAUCGAUAUUGUAACGAAUUUUGUAUGUGGGUAGAUCUUUUUAAUACUGGUCGUUUAAUGUGGAGACUGGAGAUGCCAGUAUGAUGCGUGCCACUGAAAAAAAGAAUCGAGAAGAGUUCGCUCUCUCAGUCAUCCACUAUAUUUAUGUAUAGAGUGUGAGUGAGACGGUAUGAUUAGCGUCGCUUCAUUUCGAUUACUUUCUUUAAUGGCAUCUUUAUAAGUCUAGUUUAAUUAAAGGUUCUUUCAGACGUGCCACAACUACAAUUAAAUCACAGCGAUGAUAAUGGCGCUGUUAUUAAUAAAAUGCGUUUACUAUUGUGUUUGGUAUUUUACUUUACUCAAAAAUGCAAUAUGGUUGGUAAUUUAACCAAAAUGUGUGUGAAGUUAGAUAUGUGGUUAGUACAUAUUAUGAGAUUUUACAUAGCAACGCUGAUAGUAUUUGAGCAGAGAUUCGAGAGAAGAACGCAAUAACGUCAGAGAAAAUGGAUUUAGAAAUUAAUUUGGUUAAAAUUUUGUAACCACUGAAACAUCCCUUUGGUCGUUGGAUUUAAAAUCGUAAAGACUUUUCUUCUUACAAAAGAUGUAUUCGAUAAUAGAGUUUUUGACAGAGAGAGAAAAAGUAAAACAGAAAAAAAGCAGCUAGGGUUGUCCGCGCAAUUCUUAAUAAUGUUGUCAGCGUUAAAUUAAGGCUGUGCCUUUACAAAGUCAAAUUUUUACUAACUUCAAUUUUACAAAGUUUCUGCUUGAAUCGCGGGCUGUAGAUGUAUUUAGUAAUUGGUGUUUGCGACAACGCAACUUCAGGCAGCUGCAGAGACCGUUCACAUACGACCACGACGACACGCACACCUUGCGGUCAUUUUCCGAUUUUUGUGGCCCGUCUGAAUAAACACCUAAAGAGCACUAACCUAAUAUAUUUUUACUUUGAUUUUUGAUGUUAUAUCAUUCCCUUAGAAUUUUAGAGCUCGACUCAAUUUUUUGUAGAUUUUGGAUUUUAAAUAUUGCUUUUAGGGCUGUUUUUUCAAUCACCAAGUAAAAUGACUAUUUUAUAAUGGGCUAUUAUUAUAUUAUAAUGACUAUAUUUUAAAAGUUUAGACGCACAAUACCCAAAACGCAUAAUGCCAAAUGUCGUAAAAGUUUGCAUAUGCCAAUGCGCUAAUGGUCAAUUCGCUAUGGUAGAAAAAAAUUAUUAAAAAAAAAUUAAAAAUAAACUGUGUAAACUAUGUUAAACUAUACUAUAAUAGGGGUUUAAGAACAUCUUAAAAUUUAAGAGACCCUUAAAAUUUAAGAAGUCCUAAUAUUGAAGAACACUUUGUUUAACCUAUGAAAUUUUGCGUUGGUAUUUCCAAAAAAAUCAGUUUUGGUAUUUCGCGUUUUUGGCGUUGUGUGUCUACGAAUAACUUUCAAAACGUUUUUAUUCUGAUCUAUGAAAAAUCUGCUCUAAACAAUAUAUUUAAAGCAAAAAUCACAAAAAUUAGAGUCCAGUAAAGGUGGUAACAAAUUGCCUGCGUUACUUGUAGAUAAUUAUACGUAGUACAUAUUUAUAAUGUAGCCUUUUCAAAUCACAUUGAUGUUAUAUACUUACUUGUUAAUAAAGUUUCGCUGAGUGACUUUUCAUUAACUAAACUCAAAUGAAUUUUAUCUGUAUAGUUUUAAGCCUAGGGUUGUAAAGCUGUUUCAAAGUGUAUAUUACAUGUGUUAAUAAACCAAUGACUUCUAUAUAUUAUUAGUAACGGGCCGGGGCAAAAUAUGGAAUUUGAAGCAUACUUGUAGGUGUCGUUUUCUCAAAGGUGCGCAAACCUCACGCUUGUAUAAUGUAGUACGUGCCGCUACGUACAUGAAUUUGUCUUAACUUUAAGUAAAAUAUGAAUGUGAGCUUUGCCCAUCUACAGUUUUAUAAUAUCUUUGUAAGUUUUAUAAUAUCUUUGCAAGAAACGAGUAAAUGAGAAUUAGUUAAAUUGAAUGAACUAAAAGGAGGGUUCUAUUUUUUGUUUUUGAUUGAAAACCCCCUAAAUAUAAUUUAAAAUAUAUUAAUGUAUAAUUUUGAAUGUUUUGUAUGAAAUUCAAGGCAUUUGGCGUAAUAUUAUAAAAUUGAUUCAAUAUUACUUUGAGGUGCGUGCGUUAGGUUAGGAAAAUAAAAUGGAUUUCAAUUUUUUAAAUAAUUUGAUGAUUUUUUAAUUUUUUAAAUGUCACUCAGCAAAUAUUUUCCUAGUGAUAGUAAAACAUACAAGUUUUUGGAGCCUGUUGGUAAACAUAUUAAAUGAAGUUGGUAUGUUUGUAUGAAACGUAUCGUAUCUGCAUGCGUAUGAGAAAUGCUUUACUGUAUGGUAUCGUGUUAUAGAAAUGUACAAUAAAAUAUAUCUAAAUAAAUAAUUAUAAUAAAUACGUUUAAAAUUA